AUGACGUUUCGUUGUGAUGACCCAGACCGCAACUGUGCCACUCAAAUAGGAUGGGCUGGACACUGGCGGGGUGAGAAUGCUACCCAAGAGACAGUCAUUUGCCCGCUGUCGUUUGAGAUUCGGAGGUCUCUCUCCUCGGUCUGCGGUUUAGGGUACACCGUGGCUGAGUCUAAACUGAACACCUUCUGGGCGACUGAUCUCCUGCACCGUAUUUUCCAUGUGCCCAGGAUCAGCGAGGAAGUUGUGGACCAUUAUGCGGAAGAUUAUACAGACGUCAUCGAGCUCGCUCAGAACAAUCCUGAGCUAUCGAUAAAGGACAGUGACACUCUGCAAUACUUUGCUAUCGAUGUCUACGCCUAUGAUAUUGCUGCACCUGGGAUUGGCUGUAGCGGCAAACUCCCCGAUGCCUCUGAGGCGCCAUCCUCGACUGCUGGUGCUCAGCCGUCGGUCACAAGUACCGCGCCUACGGAGUGCCACACACAUUCAGAUGGAGCUAUACACUGUGAAUGA